AUGAGCCAUGCAGCUGCCCGCGGCCUCCUAGAGCACAUCAAAGAAGCCUCAGAGAGCUUGCGGUUGCCGAAGGAACGGAAGGAAGCCAAGGUCCACUUUAUUCCAAAGCCCGGCAAGGCCCUCACGAUAGAAACACAUGCGGCCAUCUCCUUCACGUUUUGUGUAGCAAAGGUGAUGGAGCGCAUGGUCCUUCAGAGGCUGCUGAAGCACCUUGAAGAAACGGAUCAGAUGCUGGAGACGAUGUACGGUUUCAAGCAACAUCUCAGUACCCAAGACAUGAUGAUCCAACUCCACGGGCUGGUCGUCAAGCAAGCAAAGAAGCACGCACCAUGUGGGAUACUCGCCCUCGACUUGAAAGGAGCCUUUGACAACGUGUCGCACGCGAAAAAGGUAUGA